GUGGGCGCCGGCGCGGCGGGGAGCAGCGCGGGGUCGCCAUGGCGGAGCUGCAGCAGCUCCGUGUGCAGGAGGCGGUGGACUCCAUGGUGAAGAGCCUGGAGAAGGAGAACAUCCGGAAGAUGCAGGGUCUCAUGUUCCGGUGCAGUGCCAACUGUUGUGACGACAGCCAGGCAUCCAUGCAGCAGGUACACCAGUGCAUUGAGCGCUGCCAUGCGCCUCUGGCUCAAGCUCAGGCCCUGGUGACCAGUGAGUUGGAGAAGUUCCAGGACCGCCUGGCCCGGUGCACCAUGCAUUGCAAUGACAAAGCCAAAGAUUCAAUAGAUGCAGGAAGUAAAGAGCUUCAGGUCAAGCGGCAGCUGGAAAGUUGUGUGACCAAGUGUGUGGAUGACCACAUGCAUCUCAUCCCAACCAUGACCAAGAAGAUGAAAGAGUCUCUCUCGUCUAUUGGGAAAUAGAAGUCUUUGCCAUUGGCCAUUAGAGCUGAAGGCAAGAAUCUAUUU